GGCUGGAAACCAAAUUAAUGUCCAAAGAAGAGCUUAGGGACUUAUUAACAUUCUUUUAAAAAAUAACUAUCUGCCAAAAUGUCAUUACACACUACUUAUAAGAGAAAUGACAGCGGCGAUAUUCUUGAUAUUCCUUCUUCCCAGAAUAGUUCAUCACUCAAUAACCUCACCCACAGUAGCCGACUUAAGCUGCAUUUGAAGUCGGAUAUGUCAGAAUGUGAAAAUGAUGAUCCAUUAUUGAGAUCUGCAGGUAAAGUCAGAGACAUAAAUAGCACUUACAUUAUUUCUGCCAGUAAAAUAACAGGAGACAUGCCCCUUACCCUUAACCCUGUAGGUAGAUUGUCACUUCGGAGAAGAACUACAAGGAACAAAGAAUCAUCUUUGCUUGCUAGUGAGUUGGAAGACACAACUGAAAAAACAGCAGAAACAUGUCUUACAUUACAACGUCGUGCUAAAACAGAUUCUGCAGAAAAGUGGAAAACAGCUGAAACAAAUUCUGUCAAAAAGUGGCAAAUGACACCGAAUGUGGGAAGCAAAAUAGAAAGUAAUUGUGUUUCUAAGGAAAGUAGAACAAAUGUAAAGAUUGUAAAUAAUGCUAAAAACUCUUUUGUGGCUUCUUCUGUACCUUUAGAUGAAGAUUCAAAAGUCAUUGAAAUAAUGGCUAAUAAGAAAUACAAAGGAACAUUUUCUGCCCCCAGUAGGGCAAAAGAAAAUGUUGUGCUUAAGUACUCGAGUAAUAGAACACCCAUUGCUUCCUUGAGUCAGACUGAAGUUGUUAGAUCAGGACACUUGGCAACGAAACCUACUCAGAGCAAGCUGGAUAUCAAAGUGUCGGAAACAGGAAACUUGUAUCAUAGAAGUAUUGGGAAGGAAAUUGCAAAAACUUCAACUAAAUUUGGGAGCUUAGAAAAGAGAACACCUACCAAAUGUAUAACAGAACACAAAUUGACACCAAAGUGCAGCACACCUCAGCUUAAGAGCCCAGCUUCAUCAAUACUGAAGAAUAGAAUGUCUAACCUUCAAGUUAAACAACGACCAAAAAGUUCCCUUCUUGCAAAUAAACAGGAAAGGUCAGCAGAAAAUACAAUCCUUCCUGAAGAAGAAAAUGCAUAUCAGAACACCUCUGCAGACAAAGACCCCUUAAAAGUAGAGAAUAGUCAAGUGACAGUGGCAGUACGCGUAAGGCCUUUCACCAAGAGAGAGAAGAUUGAAAAAGCAUCCCAGGUAGUCUUCAUGAAUGGGAAAGAGCUAACUGUGGAACAUCCUGACAUGAAACAAGUCUACAAUUUUAUUUAUGAUGUUUCAUUUUGGUCUUUUGAUGAAUGUCACCCUCACUACGCUAGCCAGACAACUGUCUAUGAGAAGCUAGCAGCACCACUCCUAGAAAGAGCCUUUGAAGGCUUCAAUACCUGUCUUUUUGCUUAUGGUCAGACUGGCUCUGGAAAAUCCUAUACGAUGAUGGGAUUUAGCGAAGAACCAGGAAUAAUUCCAAGAUUUUGUGAAGAUCUUUUUUCUCAAGUAGCCAGAAAACAAACCCAAGAGGUCAGCUAUCACAUUGAAAUGAGCUUCUUUGAAGUAUAUAAUGAAAAAAUUCAUGACCUUCUGGUUUGUAAAGGUGAAAAUGGGCAGAGAAAGCAACCACUGAGAGUAAGGGAGCAUCCUGUUUAUGGACCAUAUGUUGAAGCACUGUCAAUGAAUGUUGUCAGUUCUUAUGCUGAUAUCCAGAGUUGGCUAGAAUUGGGAAAUAAACAGAGAGCUACUGCUGCUACUGGUAUGAAUGAUAAAAGUUCCCGAUCUCAUUCCGUUUUCACCCUGGUGAUGACCCAGACCAAGACAGAAUUUGUGGAAGGGGAAGAACACGAUCACAGAAUAACGAGUCGAAUUAACCUAAUAGAUCUGGCAGGCAGCGAGCGCUGCUCUGCGGCUCACACUGGUGGGGAUCGACUGAAGGAAGGUGUGAGUAUUAAUAAGUCCUUGCUAACUUUGGGAAAAGUUAUAUCUGCACUCUCUGAACAAGCAAACCAAAAGAGAGUUUUUAUUCCUUAUCGUGAAUCUGUUCUUACAUGGCUGUUAAAAGAAAGUCUGGGUGGAAAUUCAAAAACUGCAAUGAUUGCUACGAUUAGUCCCGCUGCCAGCAACAUAGAAGAAACAUUAAGCACACUUAGAUAUGCUAACCAAGCCCGUUUAAUAGUCAACAUUGCCAAAGUAAAUGAAGAUAUGAAUGCUAAGUUAAUUAGAGAAUUGAAGGCAGAAAUUGAAAAGCUAAAAGCUGCUCAGAGAAACAAUCGGAAUAUUGACCCUGAACGAUACAGGCUCUGUCGGCAAGAAAUAACAUCCUUAAGAAUGAAACUGCAUCAGCAGGAGAGAGACAUGGCAGAAAUGCAAAGACUAUGGAAAGAAAAGUUUGAACAAGCUGAAAAAAGAAAACUUCAAGAAACAAAAGAGUUACAGAAAGCAGGAAUUACAUUUCAAAUGGACAAUCAUUUGCCAAACCUUGUUAAUCUGAAUGAAGAUCCACAGCUAUCAGAGAUGCUGCUAUAUAUGAUAAAAGAAGGAACAACUACAGUUGGAAAGUAUAAGCCAAACUCAAGCCAUGAUAUUCAGUUAUCUGGGGUGCUGAUUGCUGAUGAUCAUUGUAUUAUCAAAAAUUUUGGUGGAACAGUGAGUAUUGUCCCAGUUGGGGAAGCAAAGACAUACAUAAAUGGAAAACAUAUUUUGGAACUCACAGUAUUACAUCAUGGUGAUCGAGUGAUUCUUGGUGGAGAUCAUUAUUUUAGAUUUAACCAUCCAGUAGAAGUCCAGAAAGGAGGAAGGCCAUCUGGAAGAGAUCCUCUUAUAAGUGAGGGUCCAAAAGACUUCGAAUUUGCAAAAAAUGAGUUGCUCAUGGCACAGAGAUCACAACUCGAAGCAGAAAUAAAAGAGGCACAGUUGAAGGCCAAGGAAGAAAUGAUGCAAGGAAUCCAGAUUGCAAAAGAAAUGGCUCAGCAAGAGCUUUCUUCUCAAAAAGCUGCAUAUGAGAGCAAAAUAAAAGCAUUGGAAGCAGAAUUGAGAGAAGAGUCUCAAAGGAAAAAAAUGCAGGAAAUAAAUAACCAGAAGGCUAAUCACAAAAUUGAGGAAUUAGAAAAGGCAAAGCAGCAUCUUGAACAGGAAAUAUAUGUCAACAAAAAGCGAUUAGAAAUGGAGACUUUGGCUACGAAACAGGCUUUAGAAGACCAUAGCAUCCGCCAUGCAAGAAUUCUGGAAGCUUUAGAAACUGAAAAGCAAAAAAUUGCUAAAGAAGUACAAAUUCUACAGCAGAAUCGGAGCAAUAGGGAUAAAACUUUUACAAUGCAGACAACUUGGAGCUCCAUGAAACUCUCAAUGAUGAUUCAGGAAGCCAAUGCUAUUAGCAGCAAAUUGAAAACAUACUAUGUUUUUGGCAGACAUGAUGUAUCAGAUGGAAGUAGUUCUGACACUUCUAUUCGGGUUCGUAACCUAAAACUAGGAAUCUCAACAUUCUGGAGUCUGGAAAAGUUUGAAUCUAAACUUGCAGCAAUGAAAGAACUUUAUGAGAGUAAUGGUAGUAACAGGGGUGAAGAUGUCUUUUGUGAUCCUGAAGACGAAUGGGAACCCGACAUUACAGAUGCAGCAGUUUCUUCACUUUCUAGAAGGAGGAGCAGGAGUUUGAUGAAGAAUAGAAGAAUUUCUGGUUGUUUACAUGAUAUACAAGUCCACCCAAUUAAGAAUUUGCAUUCUUCACAUUCAUCAGGUUUAAUGGACAAAUCAAGCACCAUUUACUCAAAUUCGGCAGAGUCAUUUCUUCCUGGAAUUUGCAAAGAAUUGAUUGGUUCUUCAUUAGAUUUUCUUGGACAGAGCUAUGAUGAAGAAAGAACUAUAGCAGAUAGCCUAAUGAAUAGUUUUCUUAAAAUUUAUAAUGGGCUACUUGCCAUUUCCAAGGCUCAUGAAGAACAAGAUGAAGAAAGUCAAGAUAACUUGUUUUCUUCUGAUCGAGCAACCCAGGCACUUACUAUUCAGACUGCAUGUGCUUUUGAGCAGCUAGUGGUGCUGAUGAAACACUGGCUGAAUGAUUUACUGCCUUGUGCCAACAUAGCAAGACUUGAAGAUGAAUUGAGACAAGAAGUUAAAAAACUGGGAGGCUACUUACAGUUAUUUUUGCAGGGAUGCUGUUCGGAUAUUUCAUCAAUGAUAAAAGAGGCCCAAAAGAAUGCAAUCCAAAUUGUACAACAAGCUGUAAAGUAUGUGGGGCAGUUAGCAGUUCUGAAUGGGAGCAAGUUACAUUUUCUGGAAAACAGUAACAGUAAAGCUGCCAGCGUCCAGGGGGAAUUAAUGGAUGCUAUUUGUGAUGGUGUAGGCUUGGGAAUGAAGAUUUUAUUAGAUUCUGGACUAGAAAAAGCAAAAGAACUUCAGCAUGAACUCUUAAGGCAAUGUACAGGAAAUGAGGUUACCAAAGAAAUGAAAACAAGUGCCAUGGGAUUGAUCAGAUCUCUUGAAAACAUCUUUGCUGAAUCGAAAAUUAGAAGUUUCAGAAGGCAAGUACAAGAAGAGCAUUUUGGAUACCAAGAUUUCAAGAAGAUGGUCAAUUGUGCUCCAGAAUUCUUAAAGUUAAAACAUUGCUUAGAGAAAACUAUUGAAGUUGUUAUUUCUGCACUGAAAGGAUGCAGUGGUGAUGUAAAUCUUCUCCAGAAUUGUGUUGAAAGUAUUUGCAACUUGGCCAGUGAUUUUUACAGAGACCUCAGUGUGCCCUCUACUUCUGUUGACAGCUAUGAGGGUAGAGUAACUCACGUUGUCCACAAGGAACUAGAAUCUCUAGCUAAGUCUCUUCUCUUUUGUUUUCAAUCUGAAGAUGGACCUGAUUUGUUGAAACCCUGGGAAACUUAUAAUCAAAAUACCGAAGAAGAACACCAACAAUCUAAAUCAAGUGUUAUUGACGGCAGUAAGAAUAAAGGUGUACCAAAGCAUGUCUAUGAACUCCAUGGCUCAUCCCCAGCAGUGAGCUCAGAGGAAUGCACACCCAGUAGGAUUCAGUGGGUGUGAAUGCUGACGUGUAGGCACAUUUAUGACCACCAGGGUAUAAAGAGAAAUCAAUAUAGAUAUUUCAAAAAAGUCCAUGUCUUUUUAUCUUUAAAAUUUUGUUUAAAGUGUUUAACUUUAACAUUGGUAUAUUAGCUGUGGUUGGUUCAUUAGUCUGUUUAUAAAGGGUUAUUUUUUCAUGAGUGGAAACCUGAACAGUUACCUUUGUGCCUACGCCUUCUCUCUCCUGCAAACAGCUUGGAUAAUGUUUAUGGUGAAAUGGUCUAUACAAGUUUAACUAAGACAGCUUAACUUGCAUUGAUUAUCAAACUUUUCUCAAAGGUUUAUCUAGUUGCCAUUUUGAAUAAUAUGCUCAAGGGUGUAGCUUCCUGUUUCUCUCCGAAUUAUGGGUUGCUACCUAAAUGUAAUAUAAUUAUAUAUUGAUAAUAUGGCUUGCUGGCAUAAUAGCUUACUGUGUUAUCUUUGUUCCAUUAUGGGGGCUGUAUUAAUAUAAAUUAAAACUAAUUAAAUGUUGCCAGAGUCAUACUCAACUGUUGGAUGAGGUUAGGAGAUCGGAGGCUGGACCUUCUCUUAAUAAUGCGUGUUUUGUUAAAGGCAUAAUGAAAUAAUUUGUAUAUGAUUUGAUGAAGAUUAAAGAUCUUUAUAUUCCACAGCUUCAAGAAAUCCCUUUAUUUAUGAUCAAGUGAUAAAGAUAAUAUUCUACUUGUGGGAUCUUACAUUAAGGAAAUAGCUUGACAUUUUUGACCUCAAGAGUAUGUAUAAUUUGAAGAGGCAGUAACUCUGCUUGGGUGAUUUUGAGCAGUUCCUGGAGAAUAAUUCAUCUAAAUCCUAUUCAUUUAAGUAACCUGAUCCUUUUCAAAUUUGCCCUUUUCAAUUUACAGAUACUACUUGUACAUUUGGCAUAACUAGUUGAAAUUGGCCAUUAGCACCAUGAAUAAAUCUGGUAAUUUCCUUGUUAGGAAGAGAUUGUAAAUAAAUACUGGUCACUGCAGACAGAACAGUAUUAGUGAACCUCGUGUGGUGUUUUCAAGCUCUUUAAAGUGGUACAGUGUAGCACAUUUGCUUUCACUUUCUUUUUUAUAUUUUUGGCUUUUGACCUUGUAUUCUUUCUGAAGCUCUCUGUGUAUUUUUAUUAGUCAAUACUCUGGCGAGUAGCACUUUGCCUGUCCAGUUUGCUGGAGUGUAGAUGCACAUAUGAGGAUUUCCUGGGAGGUGCAUUUCUUUGAAGAACUUCCUAAGGUAUCUGUAUACUGUAGUAGUUUUCAUCUUAAUAUUCAGUAUUUAAUCUUCAGUUUCUGCCUUGUAAACUCAUGACUUAGAAACUUUUUAGUGUCUUUAUAAAUAUAUUUAUACUAAAUACAUUGUUAUACUGUAUUUGAAGGAAUGGUGGGAAAAUAUUUUGCUAUUGGAAUCAUGUGUACUGACAAUUGUUAUAAAGAGAAUGCCUUUAAUAAAUCUUUUCAGCAUUAGAAUUG